ACCCAUUUGCCAUUAAAAACCAGAAAGGCUUGGCCGCCAGCUUUCAGACCCUUCCCAAGAGCCAAGACGCUCCCCUGGCGGAGUCGCGGAGAUAGAUAGCCCUGCAGAAUUCAAAUCCAAUCCCGAAAUUCCCAAGCAAAAGCCAACGGGCGCCGCUUCGCUCCUCCGCCUCCCUCCAGAAACUCAAAUCAAACCUAGCGAGUAGCGAUAGCGAACCUCCCCCACACCAAAUCCCCCAAAUCCGGAGGAAUCCCCAGAUCGCCGGUCCCGAUGACGACGGCAGGGGAGGAGGCCGCGGCGGCCGGCGAGGAGCUGGAGCCGCUCUUCGACUACAAGCGGGUGCAGCCCACCAUCAACUUCCGCUUCGACGACAGCGACCUGGAGAAGGCGGACAUCUUCAAGCACUGCAACAAGCGCCCCAGGGUCGACGCCGCCGCCACCGCCACGGAGGAGGGUAAGCCUGACGAGAAGGCCGCCACCGUCAAGGUGGUGGAUGUCGACGAGGAGGAUUGGUUGCUGCCGCCGCCGCCAAAGGCCGCGUUCAAGCCCUCUGCAGAGGAGGAUAGCGCGUUGCGAGAACUGAGGUUAAAGAGACAAGAGUUGGCAAAGUUGACUGAAUCAGCUCAUGAUAUAUUGCAAGAGUUGGAUGCAACUGCCAAGACAGAAGUUGUGUCCAAGGAACAACCUGAACAAAUAAUUAUAGAUGAUGAAUCCGAACCACAAGUGGAGAAAGCGAGGGAAAAGAUAGUCAUAUCAAUUCAGGACAAGAAUGCCCAGCAGCAGAUCCGUGUAUAUAAGGACGAGAAGUUUGACAAGCUUCUCAAGGUGUACGCCAAGAAGGCCAAGCUCAACCCAUCCGAUCUGGUCUUUGUGUUUGAUGGUGAGAAAAUUAACCUAUCAUCUACACCUGAGGACCUUGAUCUGGAGGACGAUGACAUGAUCGAGGUGCGCCAUAAGCGACACUGAGGGCUAGGAGCUCAGCUGAUUGUCCUUAUAUCUGCAGUUUUAGGCAAACUCAGAUAUCUUUUGCUAGUUUCAUCUGCUUUUGCUUUCUAAAUUUCCUUGUCCAUAUCCAUAUAGCAAAGACAUGUGAGGUAAUUGUAUGUAGAUCAGCUUUUACCCAGUUCAAGGAACCAUUUGUUCCCA